AAAAAAAAAAAAAAACCUAGAACGUUCAUAAAAAGCGGCAGAACUACAGAAGUAAUAUGCAACACCGAGUGACACACUGAGACAGCAAAACAAUGGCGGCAGCAGCAGCAGCAGCACCACCAGACCCCAACCCAUCUGUUUCCUCCAUCUUCUCCCAAAAAGCCUCCAGACUCCCGGACGACACCGUCUUCUACGCCAUCUUUCCCGACUCCUCCCUGACUUCCACCACAACCACCGCCUCCCUCCAAUCCCUCCACCUCCAAAUCCUCCAAAACCUCACUCCGCUCACUGCCGACUACAUAUGGCAGCACGAACCCUUCUCCCUCUCCCUAUCCACGCUCCCAAAACCCUCUUGUCUCUGCUCCGCCGACCGCCACCUCCCCCACCUCCAUGGCAAGCUCCGCGUCGCCGACAACUUCGAAGACGAGUGGUUCACCGUCUUUCUUCUCUUCCAUAUCUCCUCCACCUUCCGCGACCUCUCCAUCAGAGUCUGGGAUUCCGACGGCGAGUUCCUCCUCAUCGAAGCCGCCUACCACCUCCCUCGGUGGCUCAACCCCCAAAACAGCCUCAAUCGCGUGUUUAUUCGCCAAGGCCAACUCCACAUCGUCCCCAAAGCUCGAAUCCCAAACCCAACCCUCACCGACUCCUUGAAUUUCAUUGUGAAUUUCGGGCAGGAGGCAAUUGCUGCUGAACCGGUUCAGCUUGCAGUGAAGAAUCGGAUAUUGGAGUAUCCGGAAAAGGCAAGGAGGAAUAUGCAUGUGGUUAGGGUUAGGGUUCCCGCGGCGGUGGCGCAGGUGUUGAGUCAGGAACCGUGCCUGAUUGCCUUGGCCGUUGAGGGUUUCUACGACCGUGAUAUCGAUACUAUGAAGUACGCGGCGAAAAUGGAGAGGUUCUUAAGCAGAGGGAGGGAGGAGGAGUUGGUGUGCGUAUCGGUGAAGAUGUCGAGGGCAAUGUACGCUCAGCUGGUGCAACAGGCGUUUCAGGCGCCCAAGUGUUAUCCAAUGCCGAAUAGGAGCGAGGAUGGGGCAGCGUUUAUGGAGGCCGAAUUGGGGAUGAAGAUUGCGUGUGGGAUGGAGAUGAUGUAUCAGCAGAGGAGAAAGGAAGGGUUGGAAGGGAAAGGCAGUAGUUGGGAGGCAUUUAAGGAGACUUUGGAGAGGAGUGGGUACUUUGAAGGGUUGCUUCCCGGAUCGAAAGAGUACCAGAGGUUGAUGCAGAAUGCAGAGGAGUAUUAUCGCAGUAGUGCUUUGUUUUCGAGGGCGAGUGAGAUGAUGAGUGCUCCAGUGAGACGCAUAGAUGAGAUUCUGGCUUUACCUAAUUCAGCAGAUAAUUUUAGGGGUCGAGAGGUUCCGCCUUCUGACGAUGAUUCUUGGCUUUACAAUGGAGAGGAUGAGUUGAACUCAGAACUUUUGGAGAGACAAAAGGAGAUGGAACAUUAUGACUCAAAAAAGAAAAAGAAAAAGAAGUCAAAAGAGCAGGACGAUGCUGGUCCAUCAUCCAGUUGUAACGUUGAUGGUUUCAAUCCGGGUGAUAUAGCAAAAACCAUGCAGGCAUUUGUCCAGAAGAUGUCAAGCUACGAGGGAGCUGAGGUUCCUGAGAGCAGGAACCUAAAAGAAGUGGACUUUGAUGCGGACCGUUUCUAUAAAGAUCUAGAAUCAAUAAUGAAGUUUGAAGGCAACGAGGAUCCUCCUAGUGAUGAUGAUAAUGAGGAAGGGUCCUCAUCCGACUUGGACUUCGAUGAGUCCGAAGAUGAAAGUGAGGAUGGAGAAGAUACUUUCAUGCAUUCUUAUUCUGAUGCUUUAAAUGAAGAGUUGAAAUCUACAACCCUCAAGAAAAGUUUUGUUCGUGCUGAUGAACAAGCUCCAAAGAAAGAUGAGGGAACGUCGCAUGCCACAGAAGAUAUGGAGGAGGAUUUCACUCCUGUGGAUGUGGAUGUGAAUCUCGUAAAGAGUCUUCUCGAUUCAUUUUCUAGUCAACAAGGCCUUCCUGGUCCUGCUUCCAAUUUGCUUGGGCUAAUGGGUUUGCAACUCCCACAAGGUGAUAACAAAGAUAAAUGAAGGUCCCAUUUCGACGUAAAACACAAUUUUGUAACGUGAAGACUCAUGAAGCGGGGGCCUCUGAUCGAGUUCAUGGGGAGAUUGCCAUCCUGUCUGAAUGAAGUUCGUAACCUUCUGUUGGAACUUUGUAACUACUGCCCCUUUCUGCUCUUAACUCUCUUGUUGUUUUGUAGUGAUUAUGUAGCACGUAUUUUUGUCUCUUUUUUUGGUUUCUUCGACAAUGAAUGGAGUUAUCAGCUGUGUACCUUUCGUGAAAGAAAAUGAAAAAUGUUCCAUGUUUUUA